UCGUCAGUAGCUGUGCUUUGUGGCGCACGGACGGUUCGUUUCAGUGUGGUCGCUCGCUCACUUCACGCUUGCCGAAUAACUGUAACCGCAAAGCAAGUCAACGAGUGCGAGUGCGAGUACGAGUAUUUGUUCUAGUUGCGCUCUCACAGCCUCUCGCUGGCGCCAACUGCGCUGUUGCCUGUUCGCAGUCACCGUCGCUGUCGCAGUCUCAGUCGACGCACAACUUGAUUUCUUCCAAUCUUGGCUGGGAAAUCGGAAUUGCAACAAUUGGAAUAGUCGGCGAAUUUGCGUGUUGCGAUAAGCUGGCAACCAACCAGCCGCGCAGCCACCCCCGCACCUGGUCCACACCCUAAGCGUGGCGUGUCAAGUGCAUAGCCAGCCACUCGCUGCUGUUGCUGCCGCAGCCGCCGUCGCUGUCGCUGUCGCUGUCAGCCGCCAGAUUCACUCUCAGCUUCAGCCUCAGCUGGCGCCGGCGUCUACCAGCCGCGUUCCAUGGCUUCCAACUCAGCGCCCAGCGACCGGCCGUGAUUAACUUUUACGGGUUUAGUCCGCUCGAUGACGCCGAACAAAACAGUUAUACAACAGCCCAGCAGCUGCUUGCUUGGCGCGCGUGCCGUCUGAUUAAAACCCAAUAGAAAUCUGUUUCGCAGCCGUUGCCAUUGCCAUUGCCAAAACGCGCGUGUAAAUCCGCAUCCGCAUCCGUUUCCGUUGCCCAUGCCGUCGCGUGUGUCUUUCCAAAACCUGUAAACGUUUACCAACACUUACAUAAAACAAAAUCGAAAAGGUAUAUAUAAUUUUGAGAACAUAAAGAAACUCAAUCCAUGAACGUUGGCAAGAUGCAAGCGCCUGCAGGCCCGCAUCAGCAUCUGCUGCAUUCGGCUGCCUCUGCCGCCCCGCCCCCUACACAGCAGCAUCACCUGCCCAUCGACUACAGCCUGGGCAACUUCAAGCCCGCCAUUGCCGCUGACUUUCCCGGCGGCCCGUUCGCCGCCAGCCCCUCAGCAUCCGCGUCGCCCCCCACAGCCACCUCGAGUGCUUCGCUGCAGGUGCGCGAUCUCAGCACCUUGACCACAAUGGCCGCCAUUCCCUCGCCCACGCAGCUGCUGCACCAGCGCAUGCAACCAGCCCAAAUCACUGUCGAUGCACAUCAGCAGCAGCACCAUCACCAGCACCAGCACCAACACCAGCAGCAACACCAACAGCAGCCACACCAACAACAGCAGCAGCAGCAGUUGCCUCCGGCGGCUACUUCGCCACAUGACUACGCGCCGAUGUCCGCCUUCAAGGCGGUGCUGCCCAAGAAGCGAAACACCGACGAUGCCGCUCACCCCUUUAGCAUAAGCAAUUUGGUCAAGACUGAACGCCUAACGGCAAUUGUGGCCGCCGCCGGGCUGAAGCCGCCGCCGCUGCCGGCGCACAGCGUCGCCCUGACGGAGGACAACAACAAUUCCAUCUCGAUGCUGAGCAAGAAUCAACAGCAACAACAGCAGCAGCUGCAGCAGCCGCAGCUGCGGCCCAAGCCGCUGCCUUAUCUGACAGCCAGCGAGCAGCUGCGUCAGUCGCGCUCCAGAUCGCGAUCCCGUUCACGCAGCGCCUCCCACUGCUCCUCGCAGAUCGACAUGGACGACGCGGACAGCAGCCACGAGCGGUACUCGCGGCACUCGCGUCGCUCGCUGCACUCUCGGUCGCGCUCCCGUUCCCGMUCCCGCUCCCGCUCGCACUCGAGCAGCUCGUCCGUCGAACUGGAAGUGGACUCGCCGCCCGGCAGUCCCAGCAUCAGUUCACCCAGUGCCGCCUCCAUCUCCGCCUCAGAGCUGCUCAUCACGGCCAACAGCAACAGCAGCGCCAAGAAAUCGGAUCUCUUCUCCGUCUCUGCGCUGCUGCGUCGCGACGAGCCCUCGACCCGGCGCGCUCGCAGUCCUCCGCUGAGCCUGAUCGGCGCCUCCAACGCGGCGCUGGCUCUGCCCACCAAUCCACUGGAGGCCAUGCGCCAGAACUACCCGCCCAACUACGAAGCGGCCAUGUUCCAGCGCCCCAUCUUCUCGCCUGCGCUGCCCUUUUUCGCCGCCAUUGCCUUUCACCAGGGACAACAGCAGCAGCAGCAGCAACAACAACAAUCUGGACUGGUUGCGGGCUAUCAUCCAGACUCACAGGAAAAUCUCUUCCGGCUGCGCAGCCUAAUGGUGCCACUCCAGUCUGCUGGCCAAAAUGGCUCCACUGCGGCCGCCGCAGCGGCAGCAGCAGCCGCGGCUGUUGGCGUCGGCGUGGGCGUGCCACCCGGCGGCGGUCAUUUGGGUCUGUCGCAUCCGCCGCAUCUGCACUUCCAUCACAUGGCGGCCAAGUGGCCGGGCCUGCACCAAUUCAGCGACCUGUACUCGUGCAUGAAGUGCGAGAAGAUGUUCUCCACGCCGCACGGACUCGAGGUGCACUCGCGCCGCACCCACCACGGCAAGAAGCCCUACGCCUGCGAGCUGUGCAACAAGACCUUCGGCCAUGAGGUCAGCCUCAGCCAGCACAGGGCGGUGCACAAUGUGGAAAAGGUCUUCGAGUGCAAACAGUGCGGCAAACGCUUCAAGCGCUCCAGCACCCUCUCCACCCAUCUGCUCAUCCACAGCGACACGAGGCCUUAUCCCUGCAGCUACUGCGGCAAGCGAUUCCAUCAAAAGAGUGAUAUGAAGAAGCACACCUACAUUCACACCGGCGAAAAACCGCACAAGUGCCAGGUGUGCGGCAAGGCGUUCAGCCAGAGCUCCAACCUGAUCACCCACUCCCGCAAGCACACGGGCUACAAGCCCUUCGGCUGCGGCCUCUGCGAUCAGUCCUUCCAGCGCAAGGUGGAUCUGCGCCGGCACAAGGAGACCCAGCACACGGAUCUGCGCGUGCACCUGGGCAAGGUGGAUUUCAUGUCAGCCGCCGCAGCGGCUGCAGCUGCAGCCGAGCUGAAUGCAGCCCCCGGACAGAACAUCGGCAUCGGCCAGGCGCCAGCUCAGCCGACGGGACAGACGGCCGUGAACGGGACUCCGGUUAACUCGAUGAACUGCCAGAAGGUGUCGCUGCUGGCAUAACAGCAAACAGAGCCGGUGCCAGUGCCAGUGGCAGUUCCAGUUCCAGUGUCAGUAGCAGUUCCAGUUCCAGUUCCAGUUCCAACUAGCCGGAAACAUUGUGCAAUAGCUGGCAUUUCCAUUUGCCGUUAAUGAAAUUUGAGUAGUUUAAGCCGCAAGCAACCGAACAGAAAUUUCCCUUGUUGCCAAAAA